GGGCCGGUGCAGUGCACUGCAGGGCUGGGGGUUCGGCGAGGGAGAGGCGCGGCGCGCGAGGGCCCGCUGCCCCCCGCCGCGCUUCCCUGCGCUGCAGCGGGCGGCUCUGCCUUUGUGCUCCCUCCGCACCUGAGUGUGAGGCUGGGAGGAACGGCGCAGGUGGGGGCGGGCGCGGUAGGCAGCGGCGGAUCCCCGGAGCCAGGGAGGGGAGACUCCUCCCUUAAUGGUAUGGAACCGACUUGCCCUGUGAUUUUGAGCAAUGUUUUAAAGAGCUAGUAUGGUUAUAAUUUGCAUGGUAGAAGUCAGAUUUGAGCUCCUGCAUUGUAAGACUCCUGAUUUGUGACCAGCUAGAAUUACAAUCAUGUUUCAUUAAAAAUGCUGAUGAGCGCCCAGGACUCUGAAGACAGCAGUUUUGUGCAAGAUAAGAAUGUUCCUUAAAGAAGCUGAUGGAGGAUAGAACUCCAGAGUUCCUGGCAGACACUGACAGCAUAAGAUGGCACCGUAGUCUAGUCUGAAAUUGAUUCUAGUGCAUAAAGGACCUAAAUAAUAAUCCCAGAGGACCAUCUGUCCUGGAGCAGACAUUGGAACUUGGCUACUAUGUGACUGGAAGAACUGAGUGCAUGUCAGGUGGUUUUUCCAAUCCAGCUGUUAUGGAGUCAAUGGAUGAAGCUGAAGGACAGCAAGGACAGUUGAAGAGGAAGGAGCAGUCCCUGAAAACCUCCCAGAAAACAGCACCGCUUGGUUGGGCUGCUCAGUGGAAUGGAUUAAUGCCUGGAGGCAGCAUGUAUCUGUUUGUCCUCUCACAGAUACUGCUUCUCUGCGUGAUGCUGUGGUACAGCACUUAUGGGACCAUCCCAGCAGCUCAGAACACCUUUGACCUGCUGUCUUGCUUGCUUACUCCAUUUAAACAGUUUUGGUCAGCUCAAGAGGAGGACCUGACUAGAAUUGGGAGCAUUGUGGUGUCAUACAUCCUACUGUCUUUAGCUUCCCUAGGACUGUUACUUGUAGGAUCUCUGUUUUGGCAUCUACUCAGAGCACGUCCAGACCUUCCCUUUCCACUGCAAGAGGACAGACGCCAAUCUGUGAGCCGGCAACCUUCAUUCACGUACUCAGAGUGGACAGAGGAUAAAAAUGAGGAUGACUUCCUAGAUUUGGAUCCCGUACCAGAGACUCCGGUCUUUGACUGCGUAAUGGACAUUAAAGCGGAGACAGAUCCAGCUACUCUAACAGUUAAAUCCGUGGGCUUGCAAGAAAGGAGAGGUUCAAAUGUUUCACUCACACUGGAUAUGUGUACCCCAGGCUGUUCUGAGCAAGGUUUUGGCUAUGUCAUGUCACCACGGGAACAGUCAGCCCAAGAAUACCUGCAGACAGCAUCAAACAUCCUUACUGAAGAGGAACUGCACAAGAAAGCACUGGAUCCUUUCAUACUCCAGGCAGAGUUCUUUGAAAUUCCAAUGAACUUUGUGGAUCCAAAGGAAUAUGAUAUUCCAGGCUUAGUGCGUAAGAAUCGCUACAAAACAAUUCUCCCAAAUCCUCACAGCAGAGUGUGCCUUACCUCACCUGAUCAGGACGACCCCCUUAGCUCUUACAUCAAUGCUAACUACAUCAGGGGCUAUGGAGGAGAGGAAAAGGUAUAUAUUGCUACUCAGGGACCAAUAGUUAAUACUGUCAGUGAUUUCUGGAGAAUGGUGUGGCAGGAGCGUUCUCCCAUCAUUGUCAUGAUUACCAAUAUAGAAGAGAUGAAUGAGAAAUGCACAGAAUAUUGGCCAGAGGAUCAGGUCACCUAUGAAGGAAUAGAAAUCACAGUUAACCGAGUCAUACAAGCAGACGAUUACCGUUUAAGGCUCAUCACCCUAAAGAAAGGAGAAGAAGUCAGAAACCUGAAACAUUACUGGUACAUAUCUUGGCCAGACCAGAAGACACCAGAUCAAGCUCCCCCUCUGUUACAGCUAGUAUUGGAAGUGGAAGAGGCGAUGCAGAGUGCAGAAGAGAAGAACGCCCCAGUGAUUGUUCACUGCAGUGCAGGCAUCGGGAGGACUGGCUGCUUUAUUGCAACUAGUGUCUGUUGUAAACAGCUGAAGAGCGAGGGCAUAGUUGACAUAUUGCGAACAGCCUGCCAGUUACGGUUAGACAGGGGAGGAAUGAUCCAGACUUGUGAACAGUAUCAAUUUGUCCAUCAUGUCAUGAGCUUGUAUGGAAAACAGCUUUCUAGAGCAGCAGAAGAAUAAGUGUUCAUGAUAUUCCUAAAGCCUAAAACCAAGAGAACUUUUGACUGCAUUCAGACGUAUUUCAGAUCUGAUAAGAGAUACAUGGUAACCUGGCUGUCUUAGCUGGAAAGAAAGAUAUAUUAUUUUACUUUGAUAUUGCUUUUAUGCUCUUGUUUGCAUUGACAUUUAAGAGCUGAGGUAUGCCUUGUCUUAAACAUAUGUGACAGGACAUAAUCUUCACCAAAAAGGCUUAUUUAUACUGUAAAUAAGAAUAAUAGCUUCAUUUGUUACAAAAGCAAGAAAAAAAUCAGAAAAAAAUCCACUGUCUUCAGUUUGCUAUUUUUAAAAGAUCAUCGCUAAUAUAUCCAAAUACAGUGUGAAACUUUUUGAAUUGUCAUGCUGAAAUGUGCCGUAUGUUGACUAAGCUUGAAAGUAACUUUUUGCCUCUUUCUGAUUGUUUUUACAUAUACAACUACCGAAUACUGUGUAUAUCGUAAACCUUCUGAGCCUCUGCGUUGAACGAUUCAAGUAGAUUCACAUUCAAAUGAUGUUUCACACAUCAUGUUUGCUUGUUUAUUUUUUCUAAAGCAGUUCACCACCAGUGUUAUCAGAACUAAGGGGAAAAAAUAUUUUGAUGAUGUGAGUCAAAUUCUUACCUCCAAUUCUUACCAGCAAUGUACCCCAGUAUCAUGAGAGCUGGGUGAAUCUGAUGUGAACAGUAGAAGUUAAUCUGAACAUAAGUUCUUCACGCUUUACCUUUUCUUUGUCAAUAUUUUGGCAUUUCAGUCUGCAACCAGAUUUGAUUUUUGCAAAUAGUGUCUCUUUUUACGUAGUCAGACCACAAUCUGAAUACAAUUUUCCCUGAAAUUUGAGGUUUAAAAUCAGGUGAGGAAUUUUGUGAGUGGAAUUAAUCUUUAUUAAAAAUGUAAUAAUAAAAUCACUUGUAUUCUAUAAAUUUAGACUUGUUUCAAAGCUUUGAGGGUCCCCAGUGCUCAUUAAAAUUAGCACAAAUCCUAUAGGCAGCUUAAAAAAAAAAAAACAGUCUGAACUUGUUGGCUGCUUUUUAAUAAAUUUGCCCUCAAACCAAAUUUAGACAAUAAUUAGCCUGUUCUAAUCACUAGUCCGGGCAGCAGUGUUUCCUUUUCAAUAAUAUAGACUGCUGCCCAUGCUUUUCUUUUUAGACCUCAGUCAGGCUGUGAAGACUGUGUUUAAUUGUGUUCAAUGCUUCGAGGUAAGCACAUGUUUAAGUGCUUUAUCGAGCAGAGAAAAAUCGAGGUAAACAGGACCCUUAACGUGAACGAUGAGUGUUUUGUGAAUAGAAGCUGUAAUGAUCUACUAAAAAUAUUUUUGCUUCUCUUGAUUUGUAACAAUAACCAAAACCCACUGCUUGUAUUAGUGCAGGAGAUUCUGAGAAUUUACUGCACUUCCUAAUCAGGAGAAGGUAAAGCAGCUCUCAGAACAAUAAGGGCUGAUCCUGCUCCCACUGAGGUUUUGCCAUUGACGUCAGUAGGUGCAGGGUGUAGAGCCUGGAACAUUAAGCCUACAACUUCAUCACUGUGGGGAAAGUUUCCCAAUAUUUCAGUACACAUCCUUUGUGUUUAUUCUGUAUCCAUGAACCUGUAAAAAUCCUGUCGGCAGGGUUUGCAUGAACAUGUGGCAAAAUGUGUUAUCUUUAAACCACUUGAUUUUAUUGCUGUAUUUAAAAUAUUUACUUCAGUGAGAAGCUAGCAGGAAGAACUGGCAUUCUUUUUAAAACUACUGGUGGUAGUCAUUAAAUAGAGCAAUAAACUUAAGCUUUUGAGCAUAACAUGACUGUUAGUUUUAUGUAAACCUUGCUAGCUGUAUUCUCCCCAUUGCUACUGAUUUUUUCAAAGCGGUAAUACUAUUCCAUCUAAGCACUCCUUAGAAGUAACAAAAGCACCACUGAUGUUCUGAAUAACAUUGUAAGUGGAACUCCCUAUAAAUGAUGUUUUCAGCUGUUCAGUGCCCUUUAGUGUCAAAACUGACUCAGUGAAUAAAAUUACUUGUUCUGUCAUCAGCUUCCUGUGCAUCUGCUAAAGAAUAUUUGUUCAUGAUUGAUAGGAGUAUGCAUAUAGGAGCAAAGUUCAAUGUAGAAGUUGACUCCAGUACAAGGAGACUUUCUAGAGGAGAAUUGAUUUGUGGCAAACAAGGUGUAAAGGGCUCUAAGAUACUGACUUUUGAGUAGAUCCUCAGCAGGUAUUACUUGGGAGUGCUUCACUGACUUGAGUAGAAGUGAACAAUUUAUACUGAAGAAGGAAAUCUAUCCUGCUGUCCACUCCCAUUCUUCAUAUGUGGAAUGUCCUGAGAGAGUGGUCACUGAUAAAAUCAGGCUGCUUUGCAUUAAUUCACUAGUACAAAGUAAAUGUCAGCCUAGUUGCACAGUCUGGUUAUGAGGGCUGCACUGCUGCCCUCUCACACCAGGCAAGAGCAUGCUACUUGCUCAGGAUCAAAAUAUUCAAAUACCUCUUGAAGCGUUAUUUUGUCUAACAGAUUUGGACCUAAUCCUCCUAUUUACUCUUUGGCCUUACUGUAAUUAACAUAUUUGUCUCUUUUUUUUUAAAUAGAAUUUGAGGUCUGAAGGACCUUAUAUCAGCUGUUCUGAUCUCUUCUGAUGGCAGAGAUAGUCUUAAGAAGUGCUUAGGAUUAGCAGAAAGGAGCUCUGGCCAUGCAGAAGCACUUGAGAUGAGCGGGGCUGCGGCUUCUGUAAUCAGUAGGUUUGAAACUGAGCUGACAAUAGGAACUAAGCUAAGCUAUGUGUCUUACUAGACUUCUCUUUUUACUGAGCACUCUUUCUCUAUUAAAAGAAAAUUCCUAGCACACUUUAUCCACUCUAUGCAGCUCACUGCCCAGGCCUCUUUGUACCAGAGACUACAGCAUUAAUGCCUACAACACAGUCGUUUUGCAGAGGACUGAAUUCCUCUCUCCAGGUAGGUUAGCAUAUAACAAACUUGAGAUGAUUUUAUCCUCACCAACUGUGAUGUCUUCUGUUUUGUAAGCUUUUUCAUAUUUCAUGAACAGGGCAGAGCCUAGCUCAGUGCCUCACUUGUUCGCUGGUCAUUUGGUCAUUGACCAUCACACUUAAGCAGUGUUAUCCUGUUUAUGUUUCUGUCAUGGUAACACGCUAAUGACAUGUUCUGUCCUUUUGUUAGGUACUCUGAGAUCAGCAGAUACACAGGGUUGUGUAAAAACAGAAACUAAGGUUGCACUUGAGAGCAAGAGCUGUCCCCAGGUAAAGCACAUGUCUGACUCUCUGAAGGAUUAAGAUAAAGAUGACUUGGUCAAAUUAUUCUGAAAUGUCAGCUACCUAGAAGUCAUGUAUGGUAGAGUGUCACAUUAUUUUUGAUGUGUUCUUUCCCUGGAAACCAUUUUAAACAAAGGGAAAUGGUAAAUUUACAAUUUGUUAAAACACUUUUUCUGAGAUACAUUGGAGAUAACCUUCUUUCUUCUGCCAGGUACGUAGAUGUAUAUUUACUGAUGUCUGCGAGAGUGACUAUCAACUUAGGAUAACGUAGGGCAGCUCAGGAGUCCUGCAAGAAAAAAAGACUCCAAAAGCACAGAAGAAAUGCGUGAAAGAAAGCAGCAUUUGCAGCUUUGUGCGUAAAGGACAGGCAGUCAAAGAACUGCGUACUCUAUGCAACACAAGCAUUGAUUUCUAAUGUUUAAAAGCAAAUUUCACAUAUUCACAAAGACGUGAAUUCUUUCUAUUACAUGCAAGGAAAGAGAAGAGUCCACUGUCCUCUGAGUACUGAUACAGAUCAGGCUCCAGCACCCAAAUACAACAGGUGCCACAUUCUCAUGGCACGAUGUGAAAGUCACAGAAGGGGGUAUGAUUAUCUUUGGUGCAGAAGACCUGCCCAAGCUUGUGCAGCAUGUAAUCCCCAGCAGGGCAACAGUGUCAAGUUUAUUCAGUUGAUAGAAAAGAUGAAUGCAGAGAAGGGCUAAAUUAUUUACUCAGAAUUAAAAGCCAUGUUGGCACCAGAGCUGGCAAUAUGGCUCAGAGUAUUUAAGAAGAUAAAGCUUAAACAGUCUGGCAAAGGACUCGGGCACUCAGGGGUUCCGUAUUGCUGCUUCAUCUCUUAUCUGCCUGUUGCUUCUUAGGCUUAAAAUAGAGUUAAAUAAGUCACUGUAUUGCACUAGUUUUAAUCCAAUAUGUUGAUAGCCAGUGUUUUCCAGGGAUCAUCUCUUCCCUUAGAGAGAACACGUCUUACCAGACACUCUUCAGAGGGCUCAGCCUCUUCUGCCUACUUUUCGAUCUCAGUACAUCUCAGAAUUUUGGGGACAGAGCACUCUGCAGUACAGUGCAUCUUACUAAAGGCAUUUCUCCUUUGGGAAAUGGUAGCGUUUGCCUGAGUCAAAGUUUUCUUAUUAUGUCAGACCUUAACUGCUCGAAUCCCAUUAGCAGCUGCAAGGUGUCUGCUUUCCUCUGAAAAGGCAAAGGCAACACUUCCCUCCAGGGAUCAGGGGGUUUUCCCCUCCCUGCAUAGAUCCUUUUGCUCUUUCUCCUUAGCCUGCUUAGCUUGUUUGCCUCUGAAGUGGACACAAGGAAGACUGUCAGGAAUUAAGUCAAAACUGAUAAGGCACAACAGA